CUGCUGGGACCGAAGUCAAGAGGUUGGGUUUGACGUGCGCAAAAUGCCCGUGGAUGGCGCUGUCGAGAUUCGAUAGGCUGAAGGCGCCUCUUGCAUGAGCGGCGCAUUCUUUGACGGGCGUUUACACUAACCAACCGGCGACAGGAAGCGGCACGGUGCGGCGCGGCAUAGUUUCUGCCUCACUUAGAAGAAUCAGCUUGACACUUGAUUCCCUGGCUCAGCUCAACUCCAGAACUCUACUUCUUGCUUCAGGUGAAAUAAUGAAGUCAGACAUCUGAGGAAUUGAAAGUUCAGUUUACUGCUGCGUUUGAUGUGUUGGAAUACAAAAGUCGAAGGUCAUCCAGCUGCUGCUCCAGAUUCCUUACGUGGUCUUCCAGAUCGCCCAGCCGUAUGCACUUCUGGCAGAUGUGACUCUGCGGGAGAGGGGCGUUCCCCAAGACUGCCACAUCUCACAUGAGAGGCCCAUCACCGUCUCAGACUAGAGAGGGAAAACUUAAAGGUCGACACUGAUGGCUGCCAUAGAUGACACGUUUAUUCCUCUGGACUGUUUUCUUCCUACCGGAAAAUUGAAAUAUUGCCUGUUAAUUCUCAAUCAGCCAAUGGACGAUGACCAGUUUCACUGCCUUUGGAGCAAAGCGGUUUUUCGAGCAUGUGCUGAUGGUGGAGCGAAUCAACUCUAUGAACACACAAAAGGAAUACAAGAAAGAUUUCUGCCCAACUUCAUCAGUGGCGAUUUUGAUUCAAUUAAACCAGAAGUAAAGGAGUUCUACAAAACCAAGGAGUGUGAGAUCAUUGAUACAGAGAAUCAGGACCUCACUGACUUCACAAAAUGUUUACAGAUACUACUUAAGAAAAUAAAGGAACAAGGAUUUAAGGUUGACGCUGUGGUCGUACUAGGUGGACUUGGUGGGCGCUUUGACCAGAUUAUGGCCAGUGUGGAAACUCUGUUCCAUGCUGUGAAGAUGACUGACUUACCAGUUGUGAUAAUUCAAGGGACUUCGCUGGCAUAUUUACUCCAGCCUGGUCACCACAGAUUGUUAGUCAACACAGGUCUGGAAGGGGAGUGGUGUGGCCUUAUUCCAGUGGGAAACCGGUGCAACAACGUAACAACAACUGGACUCAAGUGGAACCUCAACAAUCAAGUUCUCCAGUUUGGGAAGCUCGUCAGCACCUCCAACACCUAUGAUGGAAGUGGAAUCGUCACAAUAGAAACCGAUGAACCUCUGCUCUGGACAAUGGGAAUAAACAGGCAAAUUAAGUGAACCACAUGUAAUUU